AUGAUGUUAUCGAAACAGAUAGUAUUAUUGGUUUUAAUGGCUGUGAGAUGCUUGGGAUUUCAAGCCGUCCCUUUAGUGGUGGCUUCUCACACAUUAGUAAAAGGAUUGAGAGAAGAGGUUGAUCUGUCAAACUUGAAAAUACACAACAUAAGCUCAGCAAAUAAUAUGGUUAAGAAACUAAUUACGGAGUGUUCUUCAGAUGAGUAUAUUUUAAUAGAUCAGCCUGGUUUGACGUAUACGGAUAUGACUGUCGAUAAAAGUGGAAAUUGGCCGUUUUUAAGGAAAUACUUCGAACUUUCAUCGACUUUAGUUGGCUUGCCUUGGGUGGAAAAACCACUUGAUAUGGAUUUCGUGGAAAAGUAUAUCAUAAAGAACUGCGAGGCAGAAACAAUUGAAGUUGUACAUGAGAAUGAGGACGAGGUCAGUAAUUAUAUUGACACAAGGAAAAAAGUGAUCAAGAUAAGCUUGGGAGAGUUGCCAUUGUCGUCUCCAGAAAGAGAAGAAGAGAUAAGACAGCACGAUGCUUUGGCUCGAAAGAUUAUAAGAAAGUUGCCUUCACCCCACUAUACCAUUAUAUUAACUUCUUCUUUGUCUCUGAACAUUCAUCCAAUUCCAGACUUUAUUCUAGAAAGGGACCCAAAGCUCAUCGAGCCUUUUGAUGAUAUUAUCAAUCACCCUUCAAGGGAGACAGAAUUCGAAAAAAAUGAUCGGUUUAGAAAGGGAACUCCAGAUUGGAUCCCCGAAAAACAUACAGUUGAGCGUUAUCUAAAAAACAGAAAAAAGGAUGAAAUCCAUCUUCGUAAGAAUGAAUUAUGGACUAAGCAUAACAAGCUUGUAUUAACUGUAUUAUUCAUGGCACUUUCGGUCUUUCUCAUCAAUAUCUUUCAAUGUUUUUCAAAAUCUAACGAAGAACCUCAGUUACCGAAAAGUGCAUCUUCUUUGAGCAACAAAAAAAGAGACUAA